UGCUUUGAAACAAAGGAAGUUAUUGUGGGGGUGUUGUCAUCAGUAAACUGUUUGUCCUGACAGCUGCCCACUGCAUACUAGACAAGAAUAGGCGAAUGACUGUAACUGUGGGCAUACACGAUCUAAAGGUGAAGGAGAGCUUUACCCAGGUGAUUCCCGUUGCAAAAGCAUUCCUUCAUCCGGACUAUUACAGAGACAAGGGCAUAACAAUGACAUUGCUGUCCUGAAACUGGAACAGAAAAUGAAAAUGACUGAUAAAGUUUUUCCUCUCAAAUUGCCGACUCAUCCAGUGAAAGCAGAUACGCCUGUGGUGGUCACCGGUUGGGGAAGAACCAUGUCGGAAACUAAAAAAACUACUCUACAAGAGAUAGUUACCCGGACCAUCACUGUUCAGAAAUGCAAGGAGACUUUUCGGUUCGUGGACGAAACCAUAAUCUGCACACGUGCGACGAAUGUUAGCCCCUGUAAUGGCGACUCAGGGGGUCCAGCGAUGCACGAAGGCUAUCUUGUGGGCCUCGUUUCCUUCGGCACGAAGGUUGUAAACAGACAUCCCUCAAGGAUUUACUAGUGUUUAUCAUCACCUCAAAUGGAUCGAGCGCGCAAUGCACCCUAAUUACACGGAUCCCAAUGGAUGCGGUAUUUUGGAUCUGUCUUUAGUACUUAUUGUAUUGGCUCAACUAUUUCUGUACUGGAUAUAGGAGUGUUUAUAUUGAUUUUGUUCAUCAAUGCAUCCUUUGUGUGUUUAUCAACUAACUAUACAUAGUCGAUAAAUAUUUUUAAGGGACUCUGAGUUCCAUUUAAGUAGUGUGGAAAUACUUCAUUUGCAUGUUUCAUUUUAU